UUCCGGUUGAAUAAUAGUAAACAAAAUCGUCAGUGUGUCAACACAGUAAGCCUACCUAAAGGCCUAAACAGUGGUCUGCUUUUUAAAAUUUCCUUUCAACUUAAAAAAAAUGACACGACAUGGUAGGAACUGUACAGCAGGGACAGUUUACACUUACCAUGAAAGAAAAAAAGAUACUCAAGCGUCAGGCUUUGGUUCUCAAAAAGUCAGGUUCGGCAAAGAUGCCGUGAAGGAGUUUGAUUGCUGUUGCCUUACACUACAGCCAUGUAAAGAUCCAGUUAUCACGGAAGAUGGUCAUCUGUAUGAUAAAGAAGCCAUUUUAAAGAAUAUUAUACAUCAGAAAAAGGAAAUAGCCAGAAAACUCAAAGAAUUUGAAAAGCAGAGGACUCGAACUGAGAAAGAAGCUGAAGAGCUGGCUAAAGCCGAACAAGAGUCAAGGGCUGUGAAGUUUGCACAACAGGAAUCCAAUCCAAUUGGUCAGAAUUAUGCCGACAAACUUGUGGCAGACACGAAAAACAAAGAUGGCGGACUUACAGACGACAAGAAGCUCCCCAGCUUCUGGGUGCCCGCCCUCACCCCCCAGGCUCAGCCGUCACAACUCAAAAAGCCAGAUGAGAAAGUCCGGUGCCCCAUGAGCGGGCGACCCCUCAAGUUUAAAGACCUGAUCCCUGUCAAGUUCACUCCCAUCAAUGACAGAGACAGCAAGACGUCCCUCAUCUCAAAAACUAACCGCUAUGUGUGCGCUGUGACAAAUGAUGUGUUGGGGAACUCAGUGCCGUGUGCUGUUCUCAGGCCCUCCGGUGCUGUUGUUACCAUGGAGUGUAUAGAAAAAAUUAUCAGAAAAGACAUGAUGGACCCAAUCAGUGGGAAAAAGUUGACUGAUAAAGACAUCAUCCCACUACAAAGGGGAGCCUCGGGUUUCACAGGUGCAGGGGUUACCCUGGAAGCUAAGAAAGCUGGGCCCACCAUUAUGGCUUGAGACUCAUUGUUCAAACUAUUAAAUAUGUGUACAUA